AAAAGGCAGUAAUACAAAUGUCUUAUGCUUUGAAAAAUACACGGCUGACAGCGCGAUUGUAAAUGUCGUAACUUAACUCGAGGAAAUGAUUUCUCUUGAAAGUGCGUUAUACCAAGUGAUAUAUUCGACGGUAAUAAUAGCGGAAUUUGGCGCAUCGUCAGUGGGGUUAAGGGCGGAUUGAAUGUCACAAAAACAUCAAGAUAUUGCCGAGUGUAUAUAUUUACGUUGUUACGUAACGAACGAGCGGUACCAUGCAAUAUGAGAAAGAAACACGCGGACAUCACAUACGCGGAUGAACAGAUUGAACAAGAUUUUGAAGGUUAUCAACACCAAGGCCGGUUGCUUCAGGGAGAAUAGGUUAUCAAGCUUGAAUGGACGUCGAUGAGAAAUCACACAAGAAGGAAGCGGGGCGUAAAAAAAGACGACGUAGUGAUAAACAGGAGCAGGUUGUCGAGGACCAACAGUCGAAGCCAGGAAAACGAAAAAAGGCAGUGACUGAUCCUGUGUUUGAAAUCGAGUCGAAGAAAUUGCGUCCGAGCAAAGAAAUUGAAAACGAUGACGAGGCUCGAGUAUCGACUGAAGAAAGUCCCGCAAAGGAACCUAAGGAACCUUCUAAAAGACAGAUGAAGAAGGAGAAGCUGCAGAGGAAAAUUGCUGAGCAAAAAGAAUCUAGUAAAUUAGAAGCAGCUCAAAAAGCGAUCACUUAUAUAUCUAAGUGGAAGCAUGCGAAGAGCGACUGGAAGUUUGAAAAACUAAGACAGAUAUGGCUGAUGGACCAUUUGCUCGAUCACAAUUCAGUGCCAGACUCGAUAUUUCCUAUAGCUUUGGAAUAUUUUGAAGGUUGCAAAGGAAUGGCAAGGCAACAGCUAGUUAAAAAAAUGAUGCAAGUAGUAAAGAAAGUCGAGGAACAGGUGGCCAGCAAUGAAGAUGAAACUGAGGCUACAGCCACUUCGGAAUACCUGAGAGCUAGACAAAUCCUUCAAGCACUCCCCACAGAGGCUUGAAAGAUGAUACAAGAUUUUCACUUUUUA